AUGACAAACGAAACCCAUCAAUCUAAUGCUACCAGUGUUAUUCAACCUAUUGAUACUACCACAAAAAUAGGUAAAACUACAAAACAUCCUUAUGGGGCAAUUCCAGAAUUUGUCAAAAAGUUAUUUAGGAUGCUUGAAGAAAAUGCCUUUCCUUCUGUGCUUCGAUGGGGAACGAAUGGAACUACUUUUGUUGUGGUGGACCCAAAUGAAUUCUCUAAAUUGAUUUUACCUCAACACUUUAAACAUUCCAAUUUUGCAAGUUUUGUCCGUCAACUGAACAAAUAUGACUUUCAUAAAAUCCGUCAUAAAAAUGAUAGUCAUCUAUAUGGGAAACAGGCUUGGAAAUUUCAACAUUCUCACUUUCAAUAUCAAAGAAAAGAUCUUUUAUAUGGUAUCAAGAGGAAAUCCACUAAUAAACCAACACAACGAUCAUCAUUAAUACAAUCAGUAUCAAAGCGACAACAAAAACAAUCUUCGUCAGCAUCGAAUAAUAGUAUGGACAAGAUGUCAUUAGAUAUAAAGGUACUGGUUCAGCAAUUAACCGAGCUUCAGGAAUCACAACCAACAUUAUCAAAUAGACUCAGAUCAUUGGCUGGAAAUCAUCAAUUGAUGGUCGAGACUCUUUCAACUAUUCAAACCACGAUAAAGGCACAAGAUGAUUUUAUUCGAAAGUUGCUGGCAGGUCCAUCCUCCUUAUUAUGCGGGCAUAACAAAGACAACGUCAAUAAUAUUACAACAUCAUCAAUAACGACAACAACAACAACUGAAAAAGAAUCAACACAUGGUUUACUUGAAUCGUCAUUUGAUAUAACAUCAAAGAAACAACAAGCUAAAUUAGCACAAAUGACACAAUGGGUGGAAAAACAACAACAACAACAACACUUUUCUUCACCGACGAAUCAUUCUGGUCAGGGUCCGUUACCUGUUCCGCCUAUCAUUGUGCCACCGACACUAUCUGUACUUGGAAAUCCUUCCAUACCAUCUGGUCUGCCUACUAAUACAAUCAUCAAUACCACCGCUCCAAUAUCCAACUUUAUGUGUGCUACAACAGAUCCUUCACUUCCUGAUUUCCAGUGGUCAGUGGUACCUCGCAUUUUAUUGGCUAUCAACGAGAACAAUACUACACACAAUUCCAAAGACCAUCCACUCACACAAUGGUUACAUUCUUUUGGUUGUAUAGUGGAGCUGGUAACUUUGAAUCAAUUAGUUCAUUCGAUGAACUCAGGAACCCGAUAUGAUUUACUCUUUGUAAAUGAAACCCUUCUCUCACAAAAUAUGACUCUAUUAGAUUUACUUCGACAAAAAGAUCCAUGGGUACCAUUGAUUUGUCUUUGUCAAGUCAUAUCUGAUCAAGUACUUUCGGAAUGGGUCAAACAUGGUGUGACUGAUAUCCUAUUAGCGAAUCCUUUUAAUCCCAUGACUUUGUAUCCCUUGGUGGACAAGUAUUGUUCUCAUAUGAAGGCAAAUUCUAUGUAG